UAUAGCUUGGCAAUAACAUUGCCAAGUAUGGCACUCUAUUUGUUCUUCUCUGGAGACUACUUCAGGGGUGAUUGAUCAAGCUGAACCGGGGAAAUAUAUAUUUGAUAUUCUUUGCUGCACAUUUCAACCAUGCCAAUAGAUUGUUGCCCAGCACCCCUUAGAACAUUCAUAGCAGUUAUUCUAUUUUUGUAGGUUGUGCCUGUGGAUUGUCAGAUUUUCAAAGGUAGUGCAACAAUUACUAUUGAGCAUUUGACUGGGGAAGCAAAACCGAUCGAAGCAAAGGUGGGAGAUUGGAUUCCGGCCAGUUGGUGCAAGGAACUUGGAUGGUUGAAUGAUUGUCAAGCCUGCAGAGGAUCAAUCUUUAGAGCAAUAGGAUCAAUGAUGGCUGCAUCACCACGUGCCUUGGCAGUAGCUCCAUUUGCAUACUCCACUGCCAUUAGUUCCUAUGCCAAAAAGGGAAUAGUACUUAAAGGAGGGCAGGUUCUGGAUGCUCUAGCUUCCUGCCACACAAAUGCAUUUGAUAAAAGUGGGAGACUGACUACAGGAGGUUGUAUAUUCAAAGCAAUCGAGCCAAUUCUUGGACAUCAAGUAGGAAAAAAGUUGACAACUCAUGCUGCUUCUUGUUGCAUACCCAGUUGCGAAAGGAAGCUCUUGCUGUUGCAACUGCUAUGGAGAAGAGCA